UUUAUUUUGACACGCUAACCGGAAGUGCACACGCUACGACGCUAACCGGAAGCUUUACAUUUUUGGAGCGAAAGAGAGCAGGUGCGUUCGGGUUUCUCACGCAUGUGAUGCAUAUUGUAUAUCUUUAUAAUUUUCUCAUCGUUAACAAUGUUGUAAAUGUAACAGUUUCAUGCAAGUUUCAUGUUGAAGCAUCACCUUUGACCGAGAAGAGUGCGUUUGAGAAGACUGCCAUUGGUUGAAUGCAGGCUAAAGUGUUCUACGUUGUUUGGUGUUCUGAAGAGCAAUAAACAUCAGUGAAUGGAACUGAAGCCUCCUUUGAAAUCAAUGAGCAGUACAGUAGAACACUUUUGCGUCGUGAAGAAAGACUUGGAGGUGAAGAAGGAUCGGCUGCAGACCUACGGAAGGGGAAGCAUCACGUGUGAGCGGUUCGUGUGAAUCCAAGCGGCAAGUGGACAAGGCUACACAAGCGAGCACAUGAAUAUUGUGUCUUUAAAAUAGCGCAAGUACUUGUUAAUUGCCAUUAAGUGUGUCAUACGAACUUUCAUAAGUGUUCUUCUAUAAGCGUAUUUUCUGCACGUCUAAGCAAAUAAGUAAUUCUCCAUUCUAUUUGACGUUCAAAUGUUCCAAGUGCAUAUUUAAGUAUUUUAAGUGAGUUCUCAUAAUAAUUGUUUUUAUUAUUGAGAAUUGUUUACACAUCAUUAACCAUUUGCGCACUCAUUAUAGAACUGUCAGUGUGAUGUACUUUUAAUGCGCACACAAAAGUCAAGUUAAAGUACACAAUAAGAGUUACAUUUAAAUUUCACUCAUAGAAACCAAUUAAUAACAUUUCAACCAGUUAAGCAUACUUCAUUUAAUAUGCCACACACAAAGGAAAAUGUUAUCCCGCCUGCUGAAGAGACCACUCAAGGUAAUUGUUCAAUGCAGACUGUCUUCUCACAUCAAGUGGAUGUUAAAGUUGAAACAAGAAGAGAAGUUGAUCAAUCUCAGGUUGGUACAGAUGAUGAAGAACUGCCUCCUGAAAUUAAGAAAACUGGACGCACACGUAAGCUCACUGAAAAGGGAAUGAGUCUGUUAAAUGACAAAUUGAGCAAUUUAAAUGGAAGAAUUGUGAAAAUGUACAAAAGAUGGAAAUAUCAUAUGAAUGGUUUAAAGCGGUCAAUUAAAGAUAAAUAUGGUGAAGAUCUGAUCGAAGAGGUUAUAAAUGAAAUCAACGCCAUACAGGUUGACAUUGAUGAAACCUACCUCCAAAUAAGAGACAUUGCAAUUCCCGAGCCUGACAUUCGAAGAAUAAAUGACACAUGCCAGGCAUUGACGAAAACUGCAAACUUAAAUGCUCAACAAUAUCGAAGUGGUGAUGAUAAAGACAUAUUGUGGCCUGAUUCUAAGUCAGUGUUUGACAGCACAGUGUCCAGCAUUUACUCAGCCACAACCAGUAAGUCAAAGACUUCUUCCAAAUCAUCUUCCCACUCGUCAAUCUUGUCCCUUAAUGUAAAACAAGCAGAAGCUGAAGUUGUGGCAACUCAAGAGGUACUAAAAAUAAUUAAUGCUCAACAUCAACAAAGAGAAGAAAUUGAAAGACUUGAGCUAGAGGACCAAAUUGUGGCAGCUGAAAUUGAAGCAGAAAAUGCUAAGAAAAAAGCCAAAUUCAUAGCAGAGAGCGCAAGUAGAAAAUUUAAGCUGGAACAGAAAAGAAGAGAAAUAGAACGUCUAGAAGAACUCAAAGGACAUGUUGCAGCACAAGCAAGGUUCCAAGUUUAUUCAGAAGCUCUCAAUCAACCAACUACACUUAACCCUUUAAGUGAACCAUUUUUCCCAUCUCACCAAGCACAAGUCUCCAUAGCUUCUGAGGAACAACCCAAGUCUGUACAAGUACAGCAUCAACAUGAUGUAAAACCCAUCAGAACUGCUGUUCCAAAUGUAUUUAUCCAAACCUCUCCUUCUGUUCCACCAGUAAGCAGCCAAGUUCCUACAACUCAAGCACCGGUCCCUCUCAAUGCUUCUAAUGAUCUCGCAAGAACUAUUGCUGAAGCAAUUACAGCAAAUCGAGUUCCGAUUCCAGAACCUGAGAUCUUUACAGGUGAUCCUCUUAAGUAUAAUGACUGGAAGUUGUCCUUUUGCACUUUGAUCGAUCGCAAGAAUCUUCCAACUCAAGAAAAGUUGUUCUAUUUACGGAAAUAUGUUGGUGACACAGCCAAAAGAGCAAUAGAAGGCCAUUUUAUAAUAGGAACAGAAAGUGCUUAUUGUGCUGCUUGGAAUGUACUUGAAGAAAGAUUCGGUAACCCAUUUGUAGUUGCCAAAUCAUAUCGUGACAAGAUAUAUGCAUGGCAUAAAAUUGGCCAUAAAGACUUUGACAACCUGCGUGACUUCGUCGAUUUCCUGAGCAGUGUGGAGUCUGCAAUGCCAUACAUUCAAGGUCUACAAAUACUGAACGACUGUGUGGAAAAUCAAAAGAUUACUGUCAAACUCCCAGAUUGGUUGAGCUCACGUUGGAACAGAGAAGUAACAAUAUAUCAAGAUCAAAACAGCAUGUUCCCUGAUUUCAAAUUCUUCGUAAGAUUCCUCAACACAGAAACUCGAAUAGCGUGUAACCCGAUCACAUCGUUACAUGCGCUGAAGCCGGCUGAACAAGAAAGAUCAAAGCCAACUGAACGGGAACAGUCCAAGUUUCAACGAAGUCAGAAGGUCAGCGUCAAGACGUUUACCACAAAUACAAGUGAAAAGACCAGCCUUGCAUGUCUAUUUUGCAAGAAAAAGGGUCACAGUCUUCAUAGGUGUCGCAAAAUUAUGGAAAACACUGUUGAAGAAAGAGUAAAGUUUGUUCAACUGGAAAAAUUAUGCUUCGGGUGCCUAAAAUCUGGACAUAACUCCAAGGUUUGCAAAUCCAGGAGUGUGUGCGAAUUAUGUGGAAAAGGACAUCCCACAUGUCUGCAUCGAGAUCGUGCAAAGAAAGACCAAGAGCAAAGUUUAAAUAACAAACAAGAAAACAAAACUGAGAGCCACGCAGACAAUUACCAACAGUUGGGAAACGAAGAAACACGACAAGUAACUUCUAACAGAGUUAUUCAAGAAAUAAACAGUACUCGAACCUCAUCUAUUGUUCCUGUCUAUGUUUCCACGAUAGCAGAACCUGAAAGAGAACUUCUGAUGUAUGCCUUACUUGAUAGUCAAAGCGACACAACUUUCAUUCUUGAAGAUGCAGCAGAAACAUUGUGCGCCAACAAAACACCAGUCGAACUUAAAGUGUCAACCAUAACAUCAAAAACAAAGGUUGUGAAAAGUCAAAGAGUGCAAGGACUACAAGUAAGAGGCCUCAACAGUGAAACUAAAAUUAAACUUCCAAAAACAUAUACAAGAGACUACAUACCAGCAAACAGGUCCCAUAUACCCACAAGCUCAACUGCAAAAUCAUGGCCUCACUUAAAGCAUUUAGCAGAUGAAAUGUCUCCUGAGCUUGACUGUGAAGUGGGAUUGUUAAUUGGCUAUGACUGUCCGCAAGCCUUACUUCCCAGAAAGGUUGUAAUGGGCAACGAAAACCAGCCAUACGCCCAAAGGUCUGUGUUGGGUUGGAGCAUUAUUGGCAACAGCAACACCGACAUUGAUUACCACCACGAAGAUGGAAUCGGCGUGAGUCAUCAUAUCAUCAUGAGAAAGGUGCUACCGGCUACCAAGUCCUCAUCAGAGAUCAAGACAGAGGUCCAGUUUGUUUGUCGAACCCAAGUCAAAGAAGUGAUCACACCGGCAGAUAUACUCAAGGUUUUUGAGUCAGAUUUUACUGAGAAGUUCAGUGAAGAAAUUUGCACAUCACAAGAAGACAUUACAUUCUUGAAAAAGCUAAAUGAUGGCAUCAAGCAAAAGCGGAAUGGACAUUACGAAAUGCCAUUGCCUUUUAAAGAAGAUAGACCAUCACUGCCGAACAACAAAGUGUGUGCUGAACAUCGACUCAGAUGUCUUGAGAAACGUCUAAAUAAAAAUGAUCAAUAUCGCAGUGAUUAUGUUGCCUUUAUGGAUGACAUAAUUGCUAGAGGAGAUGCUGAAAAGGUUCCAGAGUCUGAGAUAAACAACCAGUCCUCAUGGUAUGUCCCUCACCAUGGUGUUUAUCACCCUCAUAAACCAGGAAAGGUUCGAGUGGUAUUUGACUGUUCAGCUAAAUUCCAGAAUACAUCCUUAAACGAGCAUCUACUUACUGGGCCUGACCUAACGAACACCCUUGUAGGUGUCUUGCUUCGCUUUCGCAAAGGACAAGUAGCAAUCAUGUGUGAUGUGGAGCGAAUGUUCCAUCAGUUCCAUGUUGCACCAAAGGACCAAGACUAUCUCCGAUUUCUGUGGUGGGAAAAAGGAAAUAUGGAAAUUCCACCUUCAGUGUUCCGAAUGAAGGUUCACUUAUUUGGCGCUGCUUCGUCACCAGGAUGCGCGAACUUUGGGCUCAAGCACCUAGCUGCAGAAGGAACAGGCAAGUUUAGCGAAGCUACCGUAAAGUUCAUUCAGCGCAAUUUUUAUGUUGAUGAUGGAUUGAUAAGUUUGGACAGUGAAGAAGAAGCUAUACAGCUUGUUAGAGAGGCAAGAGAGCUCUGCAAUGCUGGUAAGCUCCACCUACACAAAUUCAUCACCAAUAACAAGAAUGUGCUUGCCACAAUCCCUAAGCAGGAACGCGCUGAAGGUGUAGCUGACCUAGACUUGGCCUUGGGAGAACACAAGAUGGAACGAGCUCUCGGGGUCCAAUGGUGCAUCAGUUCAGAUAAGUUUCAAUUUAAAGUGAGAAUAAAAACCCAUCCCUUUACAAGAAGAGGAGUACUGUCAACAGUGGCUUCAAUUUUUGAUCCCCUUGGAUUCGUAGCGCCCGUCAUUUUGAAAGGCAAACAAAUUCUACAAAGAAUGUGCCAAGAGAAGUUAGGAUGGGAUGAGCCCAUUUCUGAAGAACUCAGGCUGCAGUGGGAAGCAUUGUUGCAAGACAUCCAGGAUUUGUCUUUCGUGGAGAUACCACGACAUUACAUACCACUGAAUGCCAAGGAGGUUCACAAGUAUGAACUUCAUCAUUUUUCCGACGCCAGCACCUCAGGCUAUGGCAUGUGUUCUUAUCUCAGAGCUGUGUCAGAGUCUGGAAAGGUUCAUUGUGUGCUUGUCAUGGCAAAGGCACGGGUUGCGCCAACAAAGAUAACGACAAUUCCAAGAUUGGAACUUUCAGCUACACUGUUGGCCACAAGGAUAAGUGAUCUGCUAAAAAGUGAAAUGGAGAUUGAAGAUCUACAUAAUUACUUUUGGACUGAUUCCAAGGUUGUUCUUGGAUACAUUAAUAACGACGAAAAACGAUUUCAUUUAUUCGUAGCCAAUCGAAUACAACAGAUCAAAACAAGCACCACACCAAGUCAAUGGCAAUACGUUGCCUCAGAAGAUAACCCUGCAGAUCAUGCCUCUCGCGGACGUACCACAAAGGAGCUUGUGAAAUCCAACUGGUUCACAGGACCUAGUUUUUUGUGGCACAAGAACCUUCCUACAAGCGAAAACAUGAAGGUGGGAGAGCUAGACCAAGAUGAUCCAGAAAUUAAAAGAGCACAUGUACAUACAACAAAGACAAAGGAACAAAGAUCUCUGUUAGAUCGACUUCAAAAUUUUUCAGAUUGGAAUAGAACUGUACAGGCCAUUGCAAGACUUAAACGUUUGGCUAAACAACUGACAGGUCUUAAAACAAGAUCCAAUGACACUACAACAGUAGAAGAAAGAAAAGAGGCUGAACAAUUCAUAAUCAAGAUGGUUCAAGAAGAAGUGUUUAGGGAUGAAAUCAAAUCUCUAAAACGAGCUAAAGACCUACAAAGGAAUAAGUCCUUUGAGCUGCACAAGUUGAAUCCAUUUAUGGAUAACCAAGGUAUCCUCAGGGUGGGAGGAAGAUUGACACAGUCCACACUCCAUCCACACAUCAAACACCCAGCCAUUCUCCCAAGAGGACAUCACGUAAGUCGAUUGUUGAUAAAGUACCAUCAUGAGAAGAUUCAACAUCAGGGUCGUGGGAUGACAAUUAAUGCACUACGCUCCAAUGGUAUUUGGAUCAUAGGGUGUAGUCGUGAAGUGUCAUCAUCCAUCUUCAAGUGCAUCAAAUGCAGAAAAUUCAGAAAGUGCAAUCAAGGACAAAAAAUGGCAGACCUUCCACUAGAGAGGAUGGAAGCAACCCCUCCAUUCACCUACAGUGGAAUGGACUGCUUUGGACCAUUUUCUGUCAAGGAUGGAAGAAAAGAAUUGAAGAAAUAUGGGCUUUUAUUCACUUGCAUGUGCUCAAGAGCGGUUCAUAUUGAGGUAUUAGAUGAUCUUUCCUCUGAUGCAUUCCUCAACGCACUGCGCUGCUUUAUUGCCAUAAGGGGCAGUGUAAGUCAACUGCGGAGUGACCAAGGCACGAACUUCGUAGGAGCACGCAACGAAUUCCAAGAACUAAUGAAAGGAUUAGAACAAGAACAGUUGAAAAAGCUAGGAUGCGAUUUCGUCAUGAACCCACCUGCUUCCAGUCAUAUGGGCGGCGUUUGGGAGAGACAAAUCCGCACUGUAAGAAGUGUUCUCACAUCCGUCCUAGACCAAUCUGCUGGAAGAUUAGACAGUUCUUCAUUGAGGACUUUCCUAUAUGAAGUCAUGGCUAUAGUGAAUAGUCGACCGUUGUCCACAGAACAUCUUAAUGAUCCGUCAGGACCAGAACCCCUGACGCCCAACCAUAUCUUGACAAUGAAAUCGUCAAUCAUCGCUCCACCACCUGGAGAUUUCACAAGAGACGAUCUUUGGGGACUCUCAAAGGUUAUCCUUGACUCUGCCCCUGUAUCAGUUUCCAUGGAAACCCUAACUCCUACGUGGUCCCCUGUCAACCAGUGUGACAUCAUCAACAUCGGGUUGAAACGUCAAAGUUCCUCAGAUGUUUGGGAGGAUUGUAUGUUUAGCAAGUCUCCCCCUGCUGGUGUGUUGUGGUCAGAGCAGCAGAGGAACAAAGAGCUCGAGGCCAAACUGUUGCGCCGGGAGGAAGAGCUGAGUCGCCUCCAGGACGAAAAUGAGAAACUGCGACGAUUCCUCAACUCGCCUUUCGUCAGGAGUUUGGCAGUUGAAAAACGGAGUCCCGACCGGAUCGAAAAUGUGAACAAGAAACGGCCAUUCCACGUCGGAUCUUGCCAGAACUUGGCUCGAGGCCGCUUUCAGGUCGGUAGGCGCGUCUGUCGCAACCUCAGCGCCGAGUUUGCUUCCGCCGAGUCCGCCGGCGCUGUUUCCCAGUCGCCGCUGGACCUUUGGGUUCUGAGAACGCUCGGUCUGAAGGACCCGGACACCAUCGACCCAUCCUCGUCGCUAAUCCGGCAAACAGAGGACGACGGGACAGAGCCCGGACACAGCUUCCCCGAAGAGACUCCCUUCAGUAGUCCGGUCCACAACCGAUCUUGGAGCCCGCACAGCCCAUCACAAGUCGCUCAGUCUGAAGGCAGGAAUCCCCAUUUGGCCUUCGCGAUGUCUCUGAGCCCUGCCAGUAGCGUAAAAACCCUCAGCUACCCUCAGGGGCAGGCUUUUGUCAGGAGGGACCCCCAAGGACGCUGCAACUUCACUUGGUUGCCCACCCACAGCUCCAGAAGUGAGGAACCGGACUCUAGGGGGUGGACAACCCCCAAAAUGUGAAGGCAAGCCAAGGCAAAGGAAUUUCUAUAGAAUAUUUCAACACAAAGUAAUUCAAAGUGCUAAGAGGCUACUAAUUUAAGUUGGGUUUUACUUGUGCCUAUUGUUUGGUGAUAUAACGGUAUAUAAUCACCAGUGUUGUUAAUAACGGUGUUAAAGUAUAACAUGACUCAAU